AUGUCGGCCACACCAAAAAAGGUCAAGAAGACCGUUUCCUUCUCUCGCAACAGUCCUUCUUUGAGCGACCGCAAUCCCAGUACAGAACCGGGAUCGCCUGUUCGAGAGUCAGGUUUCAAUCUUGCUGAUGAUGAACCUCAACUUCGCGAGCUGCCAAAGCCGUCUCCUGCUUUCGUGCUUCUUCCGUUCCAUUCUCUGGUUGUCGUCUAUGCUCUGUAUUUUCACUACGAUAUUAGCUCCAAAGUUAUAUCGGCAUUGCGCUCGUCAGCACUCGCGGUUUUAACACUUCAGUUUGGUUUUGGACUAAUGACACUGGCCACACUAAAGAACAAAAAGAAGGCAAGAAAGCUCAGAAGCCCAAACGGCGGCGAGCUCAUGUACCUGGUGAUUUCGUCUAUAAUAUCUGGCUUCGCCGCAGUUCCAAUCUUCGUUAUCCUGCUGGUCUUUGGGGCUCCCAUCGGAUCCCUAACCGAGGAAACAGCCUUUCUAGCUUUGCAUCUGUCGUUCCUGACAAUUUUCCCGCUUCUUUUAGCCUACAAGUUCACAGACUCAGACGCAGGAGAUACGUGGAUCCGCUUGCUCACGUUUCAAGUGCCAGCAUUUUAUAAGAAUCAGGUCUACUUGCAGGCUAUGGGCGCACUGGUGGGCUGCUGGUUGGGUGUGAUUCCUAUUCCGCUCGACUGGGAUAGGGACUGGCAACAGUGGCCAAUCACGUUGCUCACAGGUGCCUACGUGGGGUCAUUUGCCGGAAGUUUAAUCAGCUACCUUUAUAACAUUUUUGAAUAG